CAGCGGCAGUGCAGAUACUGGGAGGUAGCCUGCAGGUUAUGAAACACCUCAGGAGAAAAUGAGCAACCUGCAUGUCAAAUGUUCUUGCUCGAGCAAAUGAUUAGACAGAAGUCUUGCACAGCAAGACUUAACACAUUCAAGUGGCACUUCUUAUUAGGGUGUAGCAGACUUGUAAGUUGGUUUCAUUGGCAACAGCACUUUAUUUCCUCCUUUCUGUGGAGUGAUCCAUGUGAAUAGCUAAAGCUUACCUGGACUGCAAGGUAAUUGGCAUACCUAACUGCGGGGAGCAGCUCUAUUCGUGUUCUCUGAAAUAUGGAAUCAAAGGGGACGCGUGAGAUAUUUCAGAGCCCUGUCCUAAAAGCAUCGCUAACAGGCAGCUUUCUGGCAGGAGGGAGCAAGCCUGCAUGCCUGGUUGGCUAUAAAACGUGAACUUUGAAUUGUGAAGACAUUGAGAAUGGGGGGGUGGAAAUAGUAGCAAUCAUUAGGUCUAUAACCGAUAGGACAAACGCUUGCCUGAGGAGUCAGCAGGAGUGUUAUUGACACGCCUGGCGCCGUGGAACAUGCUCGUGAGCGAUUUCCAGGGAGCAGUUUUAGACAGUGCCGGGCCAUGCUACGAGUGCGAAUGAAAGUUGCAUCCGCACACUGAACGAACACUGGUGAAGUCGUGAUCCAUCCGAGCUGCACAUACAAAUAUGAAGAUACUCUGGCUAAUCCCAUUUUUCCUGCUGCAAGACACGGAAGCUUUUCUGAUGAAGAAUGCUAAAAUCAAGCUGUGUUUACAAGCCAGCACAACGAAUGAGAGUUUGCUGCUGGAGGACUGCAACCCAGCAUCACAUUUCCAGGACUGGUCUUGGCAGGGUGAUUCCUUGAUGAAUCACGGCACGCAGAGCUGCCUCUCUGUGGUGGAGGCCAGCAGAGUGCAGACAAGCCCCUGUGACAGCACAGCUUACACGGGCUGGGACUGCUCGAAUUCAUUGCUCUCUCCUCUGGGCAGCAGCCAGGGCUACCUGGUGGCGAGCAGGAAAGGAGUUGGUCUUGAUAACGUGAGAGGUCUCAAGGCUCAGUGGUGGCAAGGUGUCACGGAGGGGAAUGUCUGCGAGGAGAAAGCAGCCAAGGCAGUGCAAGACAGCUACUUCCAUGCAGCCCUUACCAGCACGCAGGUGUACGACCACACAGCAUACAACUUUACCCUCAUGGGGGGUAUGGAUCCAGAAAAGCUGAAGGAUCUGCUGUGGUUCUUCCGCACAGAAGACCCAUCAACGUGGAAUUACUCCAUCCUUGCGCUUUCCUUCGUGGUCACGAUUCUGGGUCUUCUCCUCCUGGGCAUUAACAUUACACGAAACAGGAAAAGGAAGAUCCACAUGUACAAAGAAGCAGUGCAAGCUGCCCAGCAAGCUGAGCUGGAAGCCAAGCAGGCCCUGAUACCGGUGCAGGAGUACAGCCCGGGCAGCCCGCAGAUGCGGGAGCCGGCGCUGCAGGAGGAGAGGGCGGGAGAGGUGCUGGUUCAGUGGAAGGACGGGACCAUCACCACCCUGUACAAGGAGAGCUCACAGGAUGCCAUGUAAUGGCGGCUGGAGUCAAACCACUUAGUCUCAAAGGAACGCAUCAAAAUGUCUCGAUUCACACUGAUUGAAGAUGGGGAAGUUUAGCAAUGCAGUUUAGCCUGGGGGGAGAAAAAGAAAAAGGAAACAGAAGUGGCUCUGGACUCUCAAAGCCGUGCCUCCCCCGUUUCAGCUCUGUCUGGGUGCUCUUUACCCGCUGCUCUCAGGUGCCUCCAGGCUUCCCUCCCGCGAGCGUCGCCCCCUCGCCCAGAUGCUGCCCGCUGGGCUGGGAGCCGAGGCGCGAGGGGCUGGGGGCUCUCGCCAUGGUCAGCUGGGGAAGGCACCCUCAGGAAAACACUGACACUGAAGCAGAGGAGCAUUUGCUCUUUUCAGAAGUCAUCUUUAUUAAAAUAUUUUCCAAAGUUGAUC